AUGCCGCAGCCUUCGAACGUACCCUUCCCAACCCCGCCGUCUUACCGCACCGACUCAUCACAAGCAUCUUCAACUGCGUCAUACGUGACCGCCCACUCCUCGCCCUACAAUCCCCCAAAUCCAGCCUACACCCCUCCACAUAGAGAGUAUCCCCCCAACUACUAUGCUGCUACCCAGCCAUCGUCGCCACAGCAGAGGCUUGAAAGUCAGGUCAGGAGGAGCAGGGGUAAUGAGUAUCUCUUGGGUCUCAACACUGCCAUGAGCAACCUAGAGCUUCAUGGCAAUGGUACAGAGGAUGCGCCACCUAGACUUACGAAUACGAAUCACCCAUUGUCGUAUCAAGAAGGCGAAAGUGGCAGGCAGAGCUAUUACGCAGAGUCGCCACGGCAACGGUACCAUUCCACACCUGCCAUGUCUCCCAUCUCGCCCAACACGAACAAAACGCUCCCGCCGCUACCAUCAGGAGCACAGAGCAGACCUCUAGAGAGCUUUUCGCCUUCAGGAAGUCGUGCUUCUCCUAGUCGCCCACAGCACAUGGCUGGCGCGUCUUCGACUGGCGGUACGGUAACAUACGGACUGCCGCCACCCCCUCCAUUACCUCCAAGACCGACAUCACUGCCUCAGUACAUGCUUCCUUACGCAAACCCUGAUAGGUCAUCCCCUCAACGGUACUGUCCCUCCCAGCACGUGGCUGCUCCUGAUCCGAGGAGCGGACUCUCUCCCGGGAGACCUCAAUCAGACCCUCAGAUCACCGCAGCUCGGCCUGAACGGAGAAUCUCUCCCAGAGGCAAGGAGAACUUUCAGCCUGCACAGCCUGGUCCUUCUACUCCGAACCGAAAAGCCCCGCAGAACCCAGUCAGAUCAAACCACCGCCGAGCCAAAUCCGAUCCAGAUGGAGAGUACACUCCCGUCAUCGACCUCACCGUCUCUUCCCCAGAAUCUCCUUCCUCUCCCUCGGCCUCGGCUCGAAGAGGCCCCAAAGGGUCAUCUCCGAGUAGGUACAGAGCGCAUUCCGAUAUCCGGAGCUCAUUCCUCACUUCUCCCUCCCCUGCCGCUUCCCCUGCGAGACGCAAAUCACCAAGUAAACCCACUGCCAACACUUCCGGCCUUGCCUCAUCUCCCAAAAAGCCGCUUACACCAAGUAAAGUGGGUGCGCAAUGUUCUGGAUUUACGCGUACGGGAGCGCCGUGCAAGCGUAUCGUCCGCGCGCAUGCACCGUACAUUGCCACGCCUAGGAGGGAAAAUGAUGAUGAUGGUGAUGUCAGGAGUGAGAGGGUUAUGGGGAGGUAUUGUAAAGAUCAUGCCGGGAUGAUUUGUAAGGAGAAGGGGUUUUACUGGAGGAAUGGGGAAGGGGAACAUGCGAGCAAGGUUUGGGUAGAUUUUGAAGAUUACGUCCUCCCCGAUCUCAGCGAGCAGACUCAGACUCUGAUCAGAAUGGUCAUGGAGAGUAAACUGACUCCCAAGGAAGCGCCUGGAUACCUUUACGUGUACGAGCUUAGAGGUGAGCACCAUAGAUACGUAGAGACCGACAACCUAUCGUUCUACAAGUGCGGUCGAACUGAUAAUGUACCACGGAGAAUUGGGCAAUGGACCCACCAAUGCCAGUCCAAAACCCCAAGUCUCCUCGACAUCUUUCCACGCCCAAACACCUCCUCCACCCGCCCCAAAUCUUCAGCCCCCGAUCGAUCCCAACACCUGAUCACAUCCUUUCUCCAAGGCGCCACCACCCACGUCAUCCCACCUCUUCCCGCUAUGAAGCGAUGGGAGCGGCUCGUGCAUAUUGAGCUGGCCGAGCGAUGUGCGCUGGAAGAGGCGAGUAAGGAGGCGUUUGAUAGGGUCAGGUUGAAGUGUGCGGAUUGCAAUUCGGGCCACAAGGAGAUUUUCCCGUUGCUGAAGCAAGACUCGAAGAGUAAUUACUACAUUGUUGAAGAGUGCGUAGAGAGGUGGGGAAGGUUCAUUGAGGCUAUACAUCAGUAG